CAUCACCUCAGCAAGGACCCAGGUAAUGCCUCCACACAGCCAUACAUCCUCCAGAGCAAGGAGCCGUCCCCGCUCUGUACAGUUCCUCCCUCAGCCUCUCGGAGACAGAAGAGACUACAAUUAAAAGAAUGGACAAAGAUGCAGAAGCAUUAAAGGCAGCCCGAGCAGAACUCUGUGAAGCAAGGCGGCAGUGGCACCACAUGCAGAUUGAGAUCGAAUCUCUCCACGCUGUGAGUUAAAUUUCACAGGAAAGGGGUUUGGAACGUUCGCUGCGUGCCACAGAGCAGCAGUACCAUAUGCAACUACAGAACUUGGAAUCUGAGGUUGAAUGCUUGGAGAAAGAGCUCCUGGAAAUGAAGAGAGGUAUUGAGAAACAGCUUCAGGCACAUGAAAUUCUCCUGAACACCAGGAUGAAACUGGAGGAAGAAAUAGCAACGUAUCGCAGUCUGCUGGAGCAAGAAGAGAACAGGUUUCGCUGCUGUACAGCUGAGCAGAAGGAUGACAAAAAGCCCACCACCAGCAAAAUUGCCUUUACACUGCCUGCAAGUGGUGUAAAGAAGCAUGAAACUGAGAAGGUGGAAGUGCUGACAAAACAAGCAAUCCUAGAUGGAAACAUUACAAAGGGAAGCGCUGAAGCUCAUGGCACUGUACAGACAGAAAAAGUGGAUGAAGUCAUUAAAGAAUGGGAAGGUUCUUUCUUUAAGGACAACCCUCGCUUAAGGAAAAAGUCUGUUUCAUUGCGCUUUGAUCUCCACCUGGCAGCAACGGAUGAAGGAUGUUUACACACUAAAAAGAAAACUCUUCCCGACAUCGAAGUCAGGCUGGUAAUGAGGAGAUCUUGCAGUAUUCCUUCCAUCAAACCUUAACUGAUAGCAGAUUAAUCCAAAGUUCAUUUCCAACAGGCUCUGGAAAUAUAGAUGGACUUACACAGCCUAUUAUCCUGCUACAACCACAAAUCUUACUAAGUACUUUGAUUAAUACAAUAAAACCAUACAAGUCUUUUAAAAGAAAGGGAGAAGAGCAAGGAAGUUAAGAUUCCAAGAAGCCUAACUUCUACUACUUUUAUACUCUGGGUGCAACAGUUCAGAGGAGGCCACAAGGACGAUCAGCGGCAGGAACA